ACGCGAGGCAAGCACUAUCAUCCCUACACUCUCCCAUCACAGAUACAAACACACUACAAUGCAGAAAAGAUGGGGCUUAUUUAGGAUCCCAGGCGAGGGUGUGACAGAGGCGGUGCUGAACCCAGUCCGUCUAACUGGAAAGUCCGCACUGUCAAACACCAGCCCCAGUGGCCUCUGAGGGACAGGGGUGGCUCCCCAGGAAUGGGCUGGUGGGAGCUCCCCGGCCUCCUCCCGUGCUCUGCCCCCACUCUGCAGCAGCCAGAAGCCUCUCCGAGAACCAGGCAGGCUCCAGACUGACCCUGACCCCGCGGCGGCCUUGUCCCCAGGGCGGCUUACGCCUUGUGUCUGGGGCCAUCCGCAGACCUGCCCUUCUCAUGCCCGUGGGGGUUCGGUGCUGCGGCGGGGAGCACCUUGGCCCGCGGCUCUGCACUCCGCCGGGGUCCGGGCGAAUGGCACCAUGUGGGGGGCCCCGGACGGUUGCCUGCCCUCCUGGCAGCCUCUGCUGAGGGUCUGCUCAGGGCCCUGCCCGGGGCUCUGUCACUUGGGCGCUCAGGUCCGAGGGGGCGGGGUCUCCGGAGACCCGGGCUCUAGGGACGGGGUUCGGACCCUGCCCGGGGACGCUGGACAGCGAGGGAUGCUGGCGCAGAUGAUAUUAACCGUUUUCUUGAGCAACAAUGAACAGAUUUUAACAGAAGUUCCGGUAACACCAGAAACAACCUGUCGAGAUGUUGUUGAAUUUUGCAAGGAGCCUGGAGAAGGCAGCUGCCAUUUAGCUGAAGUCUGGAGGGGAAGUGAACGUCCCAUACCCUUUGAUCAUAUGAUGUAUGAACAUCUUCAGAAAUGGGGGCCACGGAGGGAAGAAGUGAAAUUUUUCCUUCGACACGAGGACUCCCCAGCUGAGAGCAGUGAACAAGGUGGCCGUCAGACCCAAGAGCAACGAACUCAGAGAAAUGUAAUAAAUGUACCUGGAGAAAAACGCACUGAAAAUGGGUUGUUGGAAGUGGCUUGUGCUCUGAGUGACUUGGAGCUGAACUCAUCUGAUAACUCUACCAUAAUUAGGGACCUGGAAUUGCCUGAGGGAACACGAUUUGAUUUCUUCUUCUUAGAUGCAAUCAAUGAAGAAAAACAGGUUGGGAAUCCACGUGUUGAACUGACCCUCUCAGAGCUCCAAGAUAUGGCAGCCAGGCAACAGCAGCAGAUUGAAAAUCAGCAGCAGAUGUUGGUUGCCAAGGAACAGCGUUUACAUUUUCUAAAGCAACAGGAGCGCCGUCAGCAGCAGUCUAUUUCUGAAAAUGAAAAGCUUCAGAAAUUGAAAGAACGAGUUGAAGCCCAGGAGAACAAGCUGAAGAAAAUUCGUGCCAUGAGAGGACAAGUCGACUACAGCAAAAUCAUGAACGGCAAUCUGUCUGCUGAAAUAGAAAGGUUCAGUGCCAUGUUCCAGGAAAAGAAGCAGGAAGUACAGACUGCAAUUUUAAGGGUUGAUCAGCUGAGUCAGCAGUUGGAAGAUUUAAAGAAGGGAAAACUGAAUGGGUUCCAGUCUUACAAUGGCAAAUUGACAGGACCAGCAGCAGUGGAGUUAAAAAGACUAUACCAGGAACUACAGAUUCGUAACCAGCUUAACCAGGAACAAAAUUCAAAACUUCAGCAACAGAAGGAACUCUUAAAUAAGCGCAACAUGGAGGUGGCCAUGAUGGACAAGCGAAUCGGUGAACUGCGUGAACGUCUCUAUGGGAAAAAGAUUCAGCUGAACCGUGUGAAUGGCACGUCAUCACCACAGUCACCUCUGAGCACAUCUGGCAGGGUCGCUGCUGUGGGGCCUUACAUCCAGGUUCCCAGUGCUGGAAGCUUUCCUGUCCUGGGGGACCCCAUAAAGCCCCAGUCUCUCAGUAUUGCCUCAAAUGCUGCUCAUGGAAGAUCCAAAUCCGCUAAUGAUGGAAACUGGCCAACAUUAAAACAGAAUUCUAGCUCUUCAGUGAAACCAGUGCAGGUGGCCGGUGCAGACUGGAAGGACCCAAGCGUGGAGGGGUCUGUCAAGCAGGGCACCGUCUCCAGCCAGCCUGUGCCCUUCUCAGCACUGGGAGCCACGGAGAAGCCGGGCAUCGAGCUUGGUAAAGUGCCACCUCCCAUCCCAGGUGUGGGGAAGCAGCCGCCUCCAAGCUAUGGGACAUAUCCCAGUCCUACGCCUCUGGGUCCCGGGUCGACAAGCUCCCUGGAAAGGAGGAAGGAAGGCAGCUUGCCCAGGCCCAGCGCAGGCCUGCCAAGUCGACAGAGGCCAACCCUGCUGCCCUCCACAGGCAGUGCCCCCCAGCCGGGCUCCUCACAACAGAUUCAGCAGAGGAUUUCUGUACCACCAAGCCCCACGUACCCACCCGCGGGACCACCUGCAUUUCCAGCUGGGGACAGCAAGCCUGAACUCCCACUGACAGUGGCCAUUAGGCCCUUCCUGGCCGAUAAAGGGUCAAGGCCACAGUCUCCCAGGAAAGGCCCCCAGACAGUGAAUUCAAGUUCCAUAUACUCCAUGUACCUCCAGCAAGCCACACCGCCUAAGAAUUACCAGCCGGCAGCACACAGCGCCUUAAAUAAGUCAGUGAAAGCAGUGUAUGGUAAGCCUGUUUUACCUUCGGGUUCAACGUCUCCAUCGCCGCUGCCGUUUCUUCACGGGUCGCUGUCCACGGGCACAGCACAGCCUCAGCCACCUUCAGAAAGUACUGAGAAAGAGCCCGAGCAGGACGGCCCCACCGGCCCUGCAGAUGGUGGCACUGUGGAGAGCCUGCCACGGCCACUCAGCCCCACCAAGCUCACGCCCAUCGUGCAUUCACCACUGCGCUACCAGAGUGACGCAGACCUGGAGGCUCUCCGCAGGAAGCUGGCCAACGCGCCCCGGCCCCUGAAGAAGCGAAGCUCCAUCACAGAGCCCGAGGGCCCCGGUGGGCCCAACAUCCAGAAGCUGCUGUACCAGCGCUUCAACACCCUGGCUGGUGGCAUGGAGGGCACCCCUUUCUACCAGCCCAGCCCCUCCCAGGACUUCAUGGGCACCUUGGCCGAUGUGGACAAUGGAAACACCAAUGCCAAUGGAAACCUGGAAGAGUCCACCCCUGCCCAGCCCACAGCCCCACUCCAUGACGAGCCCGUCCCGUCGUCUGAUGCCAAUGACAAUGAGUUACCUUCCCCCGAACCAGAGGAGCUGAUCUGUCCCCAAACCACCCACCAAACUGCCGAGCCGGCGGAGGACAAUAACAACAACGUGGCCACGGUCCCCUCCACAGAGCAGAUCCCGAGUCCUGUGGCUGAGGCCCUGUCUCCAGGGGAAGAGCCGAUCCCUCCAGCACCUCUUCCCCCCACCAGUCACCCUCCUGCCACCUCCACGAGCAAGCGGACCAACUUGAAGAAGCCUAACUCGGAGCGGACAGGGCACGGGCUGAGAGUCCGGUUUAACCCCCUGGCCCUGCUCCUAGAUGCAUCUCUGGAAGGAGAGUUUGAUCUGGUGCAGAGGAUCAUCUAUGAGGUGGAAGAUCCCAGCAAGCCCAACGAUGAAGGGAUCACGCCACUGCACAAUGCCGUCUGCGCCGGCCACCAUCACAUCGUGAAGUUCCUGCUGGACUUUGGCGUCAACGUGAAUGCUGCUGAUAGUGAUGGAUGGACGCCGCUGCACUGCGCUGCCUCUUGUAACAGUGUUCACCUCUGCAAGCAGCUGGUGGAGAGUGGUGCUGCCAUUUUUGCCUCAACCAUAAGCGACAUUGAAACUGCGGCAGACAAGUGUGAGGAGAUGGAGGAAGGCUACAUCCAGUGCUCCCAGUUUCUAUACGGGGUGCAGGAGAAGCUGGGUGUGAUGAACAAAGGUGUGGUGUACGCUCUGUGGGACUACGAGGCCCAGAACAGUGACGAGCUGUCCUUCCAUGAAGGGGAUGCCCUCACCAUCCUGAGGCGCAAGGAUGAAAGCGAGACUGAGUGGUGGUGGGCACGCCUUGGAGAACGGGAGGGCUAUGUGCCCAAAAACCUGCUGGGGCUGUAUCCACGAAUCAAACCCCGACAGCGCACGCUCGCCUGAACUUCCUUUUGGAGCACCGCGUGGUCUCACCAGCUACCAGGAGCCGCUGAAGAGAUGAUUCUGCUGUUUUCCCAGGAAAGCUGAAGCUAGAAAUGGUCUUAAUGGUGCUCACUUUAGCAAACAGCGUCCACAAUGUGAAUCCUGCAGUUUCUAGGUGAGGCCCUUUCUCCAGUUUGCCCCUAAGUGGGAGAGGUACUUUCGCCUCCAAGGACUGAAUUUUGCCAAUUACUGUAAAUCCAAAUGAAUACCCGCUUUCCGAACACCCACCCCUCUUGCCAGUAAGUCCUAUAAUUAACCCCUGGUUGGUUGCCAGUGAAGACAAGUUCUGACUGACUUGGCCCCGAGGCUGUCACCCUCCAGCAGUGAACCCUGUCCGCUGCUGUGGGGCCCGCCCCCCUGCGACAGCCCCUGCCUCCUGUCCCAAAUCGGACACUCAUCAUCCUCCCCACACAUGAUCCUUCUUCCCUUCAUCGCCAAAGGAGCCUCUGUAUGGAAACGUCUGUCCAGUGUGCUACCCAGUGUGUAUGCCUCCCAGCGACUGCCCUGCUUGGCCGCCUUGGGGAGGUUCUGCUUCCUUUUCCAGGUGCUCUGGUUCACCUAAAGGCUGAUUGUGCAGGCCCAGUGCUGUGGCUGGACUGCUGUGCCAUGGGCACCAGGCCCCCCAAGACCAGGUGACAGUCGGGAGCACCUCAGCAUGGACUCUUCUCCCCUGACCUUACAGCCUCUCAUGCUGCUUAGUGUGAUUCUGACCCUUGCAAGUUCAAAUUCCAGUUCUCUGAAUGCAGUGAGGCACUGGAGGCCAUGGGUGGGGGUUGGAGGCUGGACUGGUGUGAGGGCAGAGCAGGGCCAGGUGGACAGGGCUGUUUGGUGCCUGAAGGAUGGCAGGUGCCUGGUGUUGGGAGGGGGAGCAGCUGGGCCAGAGGAGCUGGGGGCAGGGGCCACCCUUUUGCUGCUGGUCUCCCUGCCCAGGCUGGCUGUCAGGCCAUCACCUUUGUCUGAGGCCCAGCCUUAAGGCAAGGAGGGCGCUUCACUGAGGUGUGAAUUGUACGUACUGGCUUUUUAUAUACCAAAAGUAUUUUUUGACUAGACCAUUCAAAGCUCCCCGAACUAUGUUGGAAAUUUUUUUUUCCUCAUUAAAAUACAGGCCCUUAGGCUCUAUUUUCAUGUAUGAGUCUUGUGUGUAAUUUAUGUAUAAAUGUGUGUAGUGUCACUGAGGCAGCACUGUAGCCCAUCACCUUGGAGCAUUGACUGUACAUAGUGUGGUGAAGAAAAGUGAACUCCAUUGUGGAGUAGCCUGGCCACUGCCAGCCCGACGCUGCUGGCGCUGUGUAAAUGUGCACAAUAAACCCGUCUCACCCUGGC